CAUUUCUUUUGUAAACAUCCCAAUUGCCUAGGUAUUGACAACGUGGCAUGUGAAACGGUAGUCCUUCCACGUCCGCCAUAUUUAUUGAACUUUGCAGAAAGGCGGAAAUUUAAGACAAAAUGGGAAAUUUUGUGUCCCUAUUUAAAGGCCUUUUUGGCAAGAAGGAAAUGAGAAUAUUGAUGGUUGGACUCGACGCCGCUGGAAAGACGACAAUUUUAUAUAAACUGAAAUUAGGAGAAAUUGUCACUACAAUACCGACAAUCGGUUUCAAUGUUGAAACUGUCGAAUACAAGAACAUCUCGUUCACCGUGUGGGAUGUAGGCGGCCAAGACAAAAUCCGCCCUCUUUGGAGGCACUACUUUCAAAAUACACAGGGCUUGAUUUUCGUCGUCGACAGCAACGAUCGUGAAAGAAUAACUGAAGCUCGUGAAGAACUAAUGAGAAUGUUGCAAGAAGACGAGUUACGUAAUGCCGUUCUACUCAUAUUCGCCAAUAAGCAGGAUUUACCUAACGCCAUGAACGCGGCUGAAAUAACGGAUAAACUAGGCUUGCACUCUUUGAGGAAUCGUCAUUGGUAUAUUCAAGCGACAUGCGCUACUUCCGGUGACGGUUUGUAUGAAGGUUUGGACUGGCUUAGCACACAGCUAAAGAAUGCCAAGUCGGACUGAGGGGGACGACGAAGUUUAGAAUAAGUGCAUAUAACAUUUAUUAUAAUUCCAAGGCGACGAGUAACCGUCACUCUGUAAAUUAUCCAUACAUUUUUGCCUGUGAAUUGUAGAGGGGGCUUUUGUUUUCGGUCUCGUUGCCUAUAUUAUCUCGUUUUCUUUUUCAACUUCAAUAAAAGUCGCGCUUAUUUAUGUACCCGAUGAUUCGUUGUAUUUUUUUUUAUACUGAAAAAUUGUAUCGUGUAGUGAAAUAAAUUGGAGUUCAAGGACGUAUUAACGUAUUA